ACCAACUGAAGAGAAAAGCUCCCCACCAACGCCAUCACCACUCACUCCUGUUUCUUUUAUCCGGUUUUUCUUUCGCUUAUACUUUCAAUCAUUAUCAUUAUCAAUGGCCAGUGCACCCACCUUUCUCUUCAUCCCUCCGUCGCUCCCUCCCUUCCCCCUGGACUCUCCCUCCGAAAAUCUCUCUCCUCUUGAGCUGGUCCUCGGUUUCAUCGCCAUCGUCACCAUCCCCGUCCUCAUCUACACCGUCAUAUUCGGGGUCAAAUGCCCCUCCCUGCCUCUCCGCCACGGUCGCCAGAGCUCCGGCAGCUACUCUGUCGAAAUCUCCCCCAUAGAUAGCGUGGCUCCUCCGGAAGUCGAUCAUGAGAAGGAGAGCGACUGCUCGGCGGCGGACGUUGACGCCGUGGGUAGCGAGUGCCCGGUGUGCCUGUCGACGUUGUGUGAAGGAGAGGAGAUCAAGCGGCUGAGCGUGUGCAAGCAUGCUUUCCACAACGCGUGCAUUGACAUGUGGCUGGAGUCUCACUCUAACUGCCCGGUUUGCCGUGCGUCGAUUGCGGUGAAGAGACCAAAUAAUCCGGCACAGCCGCCACUACCAACAGCGGCCAGAGAAGUUUUUCUCCGUCAGGACUUUCAACAUGCUGCUGAUCUGAAACUACGCUAGGAACAUGCAAAUGAAAUCGUUCAAUCCAAGGAUGAGAAUGAAGAUGAACAUGUUUCCUCAUCCACCCUUAUUCUUAAAGGACAAGUUUUGUAGGCUGUCUGAGGGACAAGUUGGAUCCUGUUGCUUUGAUGUACUUAUGAAGGGAAAGUGGAAAAUGAUGACUCCAUCAUGCACGACUGCUUAUACUAUGGUAGGAUUCUCUAUCUUUUUAAAGUUCACGCGUGCUGCAGUAUAUGAACGCAGGGCAUCUACCAUCACUACGUCCAGGAAAUGCAGGUCUCGUUCAAAUCAUGUUUAUUGGCCCAUCAUUGAGCCAAUGUGUUAAUGCCUGACAACUGACCCAACUCAUUCAGCAAUCAUUUGCUUUUUUCUGGGCAAAAUGGCGGAAGGGUAGCUUGGGCAUCCAGGUGGAGAAUUCCAAGGAGACAAAAAAGGAGCGAAAGGAAGAAAAGAUGCAUGCGAGUGAUGAGAAAUGAAAAGUCAAGCAAUGAAAUAAUUGGGGGAUAUAAAAGUGGGCCAUGUGUCUGUAUACAGUGAUGAUCACCGAAGUCCCAUUCCGUUUUCGGUCCCAUCUAAUAGUGGAAGGUGUGAAAUGAUGAUGAUGGUGGUGAUAAUGACGGUUUAGUGCUGUGAAGCCUUUCGUUUUUCGGUUGAGUGGGAGCCUCUGGCCGUUCACACCCACACCCCCGCCACCCCCCAACUCGCUCGCUCUCUCAUUAUGCAAAUGAAUCCCGGAAUGAAAGUGAAGAAGCAACUCGGCCGGCAGUCUAGCUUAUGCAAGAAAACAAUUUCCAGUUAUGUGGACAUGGUGCAGUCGCAACCUUUGAAUUUUGUAGGGCCCGCGUAACUUCCCCCCGUAAUGAAUGGCUAUGAUACCAUCUGUUGACCUGCUUUUGACUAUGCUUUCCUCCUAUUACUGUUCUUUCCUAGAGACGUCAGUGGCCCGGCAUGUCCCGGGGCACGUGUUUGGGUGGGCCGACCUUGGCUCAUGCACCGUACCGGGUGGAAUUCUAGGGGGUUCUAUUACAAGUUUGGUGCUUUGAUAGAGAAAAUAAGCCCGAAUGAAAUGAUUUUGAAAAUCGAUUCAAUAGUUAAAA